AUGCGUUCCACUUACCUCUUCUUAUCUGUGACUGCUUCAUUAGUCUUGGCAUUUGUUAUCCCCGAUGAGAAUAUCCUUGCGGAGAUAGUCUCUGAGAAUCGUACAGCCGUGAGUGAUCAUGUGUCUAAAAUAGAUGUUGAGAUGAGCCUGCUGGGAAUCUCUCCGGAUAAACAUGGAGGCUGGGGAAGACACGGAGAAUGGCCUGAUAAUGAAUGUCCCGAGCAUGGCGAUGGGCCUGGAUACGACGAAGAUCCACACGAGAGAUGGCGGCCCGGUGACGACGAACCGCCCUGGUAUGGAAGGAGACCCGGACAUGGAGGAUGGCCUGACGAGGGCGAAGACAGAUACCGACAAAUCGACGCCUGUCCGGGCCCGCUUUGCUGCGCAGACAAGACAACAUGGGAGCUCAUUAAAGAAAGCGAGCAUACAUCCCGACUGGCCGAGCUUAUCGCUAGCAAUAAGGACCUGAUUGAGAUCCUGAAUAGCACGACGGCAAAUCACACCUUUUUUGCACUGACGAACCAUGCCCUAGAGGGUCUUCCACAAGGGAAACGUGGCCCUAGUGCCAAGUUUAUCGCCAGCUUGCUACAAUAUCAUAUCCUGCCUGGUCGAUUGUCCAUCCACCAUAUCGCGGGCCAUCAGACGCUACCGACGAAGCUGAAAGAAUCGACUCUUGAAUCGAAGCUACCACAGAGGAUUGUUGUUCGAGAGCAUCCCGACGGAGUGAUGUUGAAUGAAAGAAGUAGGGUUGUGGGAGCUGAUAUGAAAACCAAAAACGGCAUAAUCCACAUCAUAACCAGUCCCCUACACCCACCCCCAGAGACACGCACAUUGCUGCACCACGCACCAGCGCACUUCAGCACGUUCACGCAGGCGCUAGCACACACGAAACUGACCUACAGCCUUGACCCGGCGCAGCGACAGGGCGGUACGACCUUUGUGCCCACGAAUGCUGCCUUUAGACGGCUCGGGGAGCAUGUCAAUCGGUUUCUUUUCUCCGAGAAGGGUGAAAGAUGUUUGCUUGCACUGAUGCAGUAUCAUAUUGUGCCGAAUCGGACGCUGUACUCGGACGUGUUGUAUAGUCAGAAUGGGAAGGCUCAUGGGUUAUUUUCUGGUCAUGGGAAUGGACAUGGACAUGGGAAAGAGGGUGAGUGUGUGGGUGGGCCAGAGGAAGACUCUGCCGAAGUGCGACUUGUGACUCUGUUGAAAGGGACGGAGUUAGGGGUUGAUGUUAAGAGGGUAUUUGGUGAGGUUGAUAUGCGGGUUAAUGGGUUUAGUAAGGUAGGAGGAUUGGAUUUGUUAGCAAGUGAUGGUGUGGUGCAUGUUUUGGAUCGAGUAUUAGUUCCACCGAGGAAGAUUCAGGUUAAACAUAUCUCUGCAGAUGGGGAAGAACUGAUGAUUGAGGCUUAUGGGGAGGUUGGAUGGUUGUGUUUAUGGAGUGACUCGCGAACUCUGAGACUGUCUACCGAAAGCAAUUGA